CCACAAAGCUUAAUUUUGUCUAUAAAUCAACCCAUUGUUCCCCCACUGUAAACCCAUAAAUUUUUUCCUCUUGAACUGUUCAGCAAUGGAAGCCUCAUCUUCACACCAUGGACUAGCAAUCCUCUUCAUUGUCCUCACUUCACAAAUAGCCUUAACCUUAGCUUAUCCACCAUUUCUCAACGAUAGAAACAUUGAAUACAUCAAAUCUUCAUGCAGCACCACAACAUAUCCCAAAUUAUGUUACCAGUCCCUCUCAGUCUAUGCGAGCAGCAUCAGCACCAGCCCCAAAUUGUUAGUCCACACUGCACUCAAUGUAACUCUUAGAGCCAGCAAAGCGACUUCGAGGUUGAUGGUAAAGAUCUCGAGAUUCCACGGUUUGGAACCAAGGGUAGCUGCCGCCAUGGCUGAUUGUAUCGAGGUGAUCGGGGACUCGGUGGAUGAGCUGCAACAGUCGUUAGGGGAACUUGGUCACAUUAGUCGCUCGAACAUUUCACUUACGAUGAGCGAUGUUCAAACAUGGGUUAGUGCGGCACUGACAGAUGAGGAUACUUGUAUGGAUGGAUUUGCUGGGAACAACAUGAAUGGAUAUGCAAAGACAAUGGCGAGGAAACGUAUUAUUAAAGUUGCACAUUUGACAAGCAAUGCCUUGGCUCUCAUUAAUAAUUAUGCCUCAACUCAAGGUUACUAUUUACCUUAAUUUCUCAUGAAAACUUCAAAGAGAAAACUGAUCAAUAUGUAUAUAGGUAUAUCUUAGGAUCGAAUUCGGGAUUGGUGUCAACCAAAGAUUAGAUAUCAAUUGUGAUUCGGUCGACUAGGCUGCUUUUAUGUUUAUUUUGCUUUGCGUGUUGUAUGCUUAUCAUCAAACAAUCAGGGCAAUUAGAAAAAUGUUGUCCCAAACUAAGAUGGUAGGAGAUUGCAGAUUGUGUUGUGAACUGUAUUUAUUUCUUAAUUUCUGCACUAUAUUGUACCAAAGGAAUAUGAAAUUUAAGUGUGUGAAA